GCGGCGUGUAUCCCAGUGCUGCUGAGUAACGGUUGGGAGCUGCCGUUCUCUGAUGUCAUACAGUGGAACCAGGCAGUCAUUGAAGGAGAUGAGAGAUUAUUACUACAGGUGCCAUCCACAGUGAGAGCCGUAGGGAAUGAGAGGGUCUUGGCCCUCAGACAGAGGACCCAGAUGCUAUGGGAAGCCUACUUUUCCUCUGUGGACAAGAUAGUCCUCACCACACUGGAGAUUAUUAAGGAUCGUGUUUUCUCUCACAUAUCGAGAAACAAGUACAUGUGGAACUCCCUGCCAGGAGGCCUGCUGGUCCUGCCAGAGUACUCCACUCACCUUGCACAUUUCCCUUUCUACUACCUGGGAUUAGGGGUCAGUCCAGGUCAAGAGUUUACUGCUGUCAUCAAUGCCGUGUCCCCAUUGGUCUCCCAAUCUCAGCCAAUCAUGAAGCUGCUUCAAGUUGUCUCCAAGUCCAAAUACUGCUCGCAGAUCAUCAUCCUGUGGAACAGCGAGAAGCCCCCUCCCGGUCGCAGCAAAUGGCCUCCGAUGCCCGUCCCCCUCACUGUGACAGACGGCAGAAGGAAGACCACCAGUCGGUUCCUACCUCAUGUUGCCAUAGAGACGGAAGCAGUGCUGAGUCUGGACGAGGAUACAGUCCUGCUGACCAGUGAGGUGAACUUUGCCUUCUUGGUAUGGCGGAGCUUCCCUGAACGCAUUGUGGGCUACCCUCCCAGGAGCCACUUCUGGGACCCCCUGAAGCGUGCCUGGGGCUACACCUCGAAAUGGACCAAUGACUACUCCAUCGUCCUGACUGGAGCUGCCUUCUACCACAGGUACUACCACUACCUGUUCACACACUACCUGCCCCAGUCUCUGCGCACUCUGGUGGACCGCACCUCCAACUGUGAGGACAUCCUGAUGAACUUCCUGGUCUCCGCGGUAACCCACCUGCCGCCAAUCAAAGUGGCCCAAAGGAAGCAGUACAAAGAGUUGCCCAGCCCACAGGGCACAAAAACCGUCCCCUGGGCCAACCCGGAGCACUUCAACCAGCGGCAGGAGUGUAUCAACACCUUCGCCAACUGGUUUGGCUACAUGCCUCUGGUCCACUCUCAGUUUCGCCUGGACCCCGUGCUUUUCAAAGAUCAAGUGUCUGUCUUCCGCAAGAAGUACAAAGACCUGGAGAGGGCAUGAACAUGAAGGAUAGAAUCGAGAGAAGGGCAGGAAAGCAUCGAGGUCUGGUCUAGUAGCCUUUUGGACAGACAGAUGGACCUAUCAGAGGCGAUCAGAGGUUGGAGUGGGUGGGAUUUUGCCCAUUUCUGACAUGGACAAAGUACAGUCAUUCAACAGACCCUGGUGGACUGUUAAACAUAUGAAGAGAAAUGGCCUAUAAAAGUUUGAUAAGAACUUUAAAGGAUUCUCCCAGUGUGGUAGGACAACAAAGGAGGACAUGUCUUGGCCAUGAACGAGGCCCUGUGAUUGGGCCUCCAACCGAGGAACAUCCCGAUUGGACAGCAGAGAAAGGAAGAGUGUGUGUGCUCUUCAGAUGUCAGUGCUAUUGCUUUGACAAUGGGAAGGAAAAGGCUAUUUCAUGCCAGAAGGGACUGGUAUUGGUGCCAUGCACUCCAGCUGUCAGUGUUUGUUUCAGCAAUCAGUGAAUGGACUGUUGCCAUGGAAACAGAUCAUUUCACAUCAAAAUGCUAACUGUAAAAUCAAUAAAGUGAUUUAUAAAUGCAAA